AAUCUCAUUUAGUAUCUCAUAAUAUCGUUGAAUAAACAUUUUAUUAAAAUAAAUGGAGUUUACCGAUUGGUUUAUGUUUCUGGGCGUAAUUGGUUUUUUUUUUUUUCGCUAUUAGUUGAUUUAUGGAGAAUCGCGAUAACAACCGCGAGAAUGCCUGCUCACGCAUUUAUACCAGACCAGAUAACGUGCGAGUGACGUCAAAUGAAUCGUAAGACUAGCUUCCGUCCGUUGACCCAGCAUGCGAAAUUUGCCCUAAAUCGUUUAAAGAAUUAUUCCGCCGGAAUUUGCGGAUAAUAAACGAAAUGGAAAUUCUUAUUUUAUUAAAGAGUAAUAAAUCCACAUUGUAUUCUCCUACACGGAAAAAACUUUAUAUUCAUCAAAUAUUACUAUGUAAUAUGAUAGUAAUUAUGGACCAUGAGAAAAAAUUUUAAAGAAUUAUACCACAAGUAAUAUAAAUACUUGUGGUAACUUGAUGAAAAAUAUAGUAAAAAAGAAUCUCAUAAUUCUUCCUUGGUACACGCUUACUAUUUGCUAGUAAUUUUUUCCUACAAAAUUCUCUCCAGUAUUCCUUCGGGGUGAUUUAAAAUACUCAACAUAAUAAAUGUUGCACCAAAAUUUCAGCUAUAUUUGUAUAAGUGUUCAAUAUACGAUUUUAAUAAUUUGAUAUAACGACAUUUAAUAUUUACGCAUUGAACAACUGAGUCUUUAUUAAAGUAGAACUUUCUCCCCUCUUCCUCCACCUAAUCUUAAUUUUAUCUUCGCGAUAUGUAGUUAGAAAGACCUCGGAGAUUAUGGCGCACAGAUUGAUAAAGAAAUACAUAUUUCGAUGUUCUGCGAUAACAUUUGGCACAAUGACGUCAAAUAUGUGCGCAAGUUCCUCAUUCCUUUCUAUUUUAACAUUUAACAUGCAACAUAAUCUUGUAUUCUCGCAUAUUUCCGAUUAUAAGUAUAUAAUGUUACCACAAACCAGAAUUUUGUUCUCCUUUUCAUUGUUAAUAAAAUAUUUACUAAAAUAUCUAAUGUAUUAAGUAAUAAAAUAUUUUUGUACCGUUUUUUCUGACUAAUUUAAAAUAUUAUGAAAGAAGGAAAAAAAAUAUUGUAUUUUCCUAAUAUUAGAUACAGACUAGAUGUUCUUCUAACAAGUACAUUCAAUAGCGAAAUGUAUUUAAAUAGCCAGAAAAUUAAAUAGAAAUAAAUUUCUCUCAUAAAAUUCUCCUUUCUCUGCCUUAAUGAACUUAGCAUCGAUUUCGCCUCAAGGAAAAUUUGAUCAACAAUUUAAUGGUAAAACUAUUAAGACAGGAUAAAUUAAGCUUUAGAAGUGUAAAUUGGUAAUACGAUCUUACUCUUCAAAUAAUUAAAAGUAAACUUUAUUUAACAGCUAACUUUAUUUGAUUCUUUAAUACUUUCGAGAAUUGGAAAAAUUGACAUUUGUCUGUGAGAUAAACAAAGAAAGAUCCAAUUUAAAUUUGCAAGAUUCAAAGCUAUUUUUGGAAUAUUUUUCUUUCUCUUCUUUCCUUUCUCUUUCUCUUUCAUUUUUUAUUUAUAUAACAACACUCGAUAUAAAUCCAUCUCUCGUAUUACAUUUGAUCAUUCGUGUAUGUAUCUGUAGCCGAUAGCGGCACGCGGCGUGUAAAUCCCGCGAGUACAAAUUAUUGUACGAGCAUUAUCGUAUUAAGUAUUAUACGAGCACCGAUUGAAAUUGACAUCCAUUUGCUGGAGCAGUUCAGUGCAAGCUCGGCGUCGUCCCGAAGAACUACGCCAUCUUUCACCGCGUUCGCAUUUCGACAUAAUUUUAAUUUAGAACAACCGGUUUAUUAUAGUAGCGAAAUAAAAAAAAAAUGCAAAUUUGUGUAUACAAAGUUGUGACUCCGUAAAAUGCAACGAUAAAUACACGCGCUGAUAUUUUUCAGAAAGACUCGUCAGAUUAACGUUGUUUUGAAAUUAGUUCGCGUACAAUAAACCUUUGAACGUAAAACUUAUAAGAAAAGUAGAAAAUUGAAAAAGUAGUUUUGUAUUAAAAAUAAUAUAAUUAAAUUAAAUUAAGUUUUACAAGUAGAUUAAAUUAAUUUAGUAAUUCAAGAUACUCUGAUUAUCUUCACAAGUGCCAGUGACGUAGUCUAAUUCUUAUAAAUACUGCAAUUCUACUAAUAAUUAAACAAAAGUACCUGCAGCAAUGAAAGAAUUAGGGGAGAAUAUGAUAGAGUGGGAGAGCUCGGAGUCGGACUUUUCGGACACUGAGGACUCAAAUGAGUUAGGGGCCAACGUGGGCCCCGAGGUCGCCACGAUGGACACUAUAGACAGUGUCAACAAACGACAAGCCACCCGUGUCUUCAAGAAGUCCAGUCUCAAUGGCAAGAUCACGGUUUAUCUUGGCAAGAGAGAUUUCGUCGAUCACAUCACACAUGUCGAUCCUAUUGACGGGGUCGUCUUGAUCGACCCUGACUACAUAAAGGACCGAAAAGUGUUCGGUCAUGUUCUCGCGGCAUUUAAGUACGGGAGGGAGGAUUUGGAUGUUCUCGGGCUGACCUUUCGUAAGGACCUCUAUCUAGCAGCAGAACAGAUUUACCCGGUAUUACAAGGAUCUCAGCCCCCCAGAGAGCUGACGCGACUGCAGGAGAGGUUGAUCAAGAAGCUUGGCAGCAAUGCGUACCCCUUUUACUUCGAGUUACCACCCCACUGUCCCGCUUCGGUCACUCUACAACCGGCGCCUGGUGAUACCGGCAAACCCUGUGGUGUCGAUUACGAACUGAAGGCAUUCGUAGGCGAAACGCAAGACGACAAACCGCACAAACGGAGCUGCGUGAGGUUGGCGAUCAGGAAGAUUAUGUACGCGCCAUCGAAACAAGGGGAGCAGCCCUCGGUAGAGGUCAGCAAAGAGUUUAUGAUGUCCCCGAACAAGCUACAUCUGGAAGCCUCCCUCGAUAAGGAGCUGUAUCACCAUGGCGAAAAUAUAGCUGUGAACGUGCACAUAGCAAACAAUAGCAACCGGACUGUGAAAAAGAUAAAAGUGUCGGUUAGACAGUUCGCGGAUAUCUGCCUGUUUUCCACGGCGCAGUACAAGUGCACCGUCGCCGAGGCCGAGAGCGAUAUAGGGGUAGCGCCAGGAUUCACCCUGAGUAAGGUGUUUUCUCUAAGGCCGACGCUUGCUGAGAACAAAGACAAGCGGGGUCUUGCUCUAGAUGGUCAGCUUAAACAUGAGGACACCAAUCUCGCGUCUAGUACAAUGGAGGGAUGCCCGGUAGGCCCGGGUUUUACGCUGAGCAAGGUGUUCACCUUGACACCCCUUCUGGCCAACAACAAAGAUAAAUGGGGGCUCGCCCUCGACGGCCAACUCAAACACGAGGACACCAAUUUGGCGUCCAGCACCCUUGUGGUUGACCCGGCGCAGCGUGAAAACCUCGGCAUAAUUGUCCAGUACAAAGUUAAAGUCAAACUUUGCCUCGGCGCUCUAGGAGGUGAAUUAGUCGCGGAACUGCCCUUCAUUCUGAUGCAUCCCAAACCGGAAGAGGAGGAACCAGUGCCGUCCACAGCUCGACCAAGUCCUACGCACAAAACUGAUAGCGGCGAAGUUCCGCUUGACACAAACCUCAUCCAAUUGGAUACGGAAGCAGAUGGCGACGAUGAUAUAAUUUUCGAAGAUUUCGCUCGUUUGAGGUUGAAAGGCGAAACAGAAGCUUGACCGUGUUCCGCCGACACCUUGACACGUAUCGAUCAAGUGACUUUGACGCCACCAUGCCGCACGCAAGACGGAAGUUGCACAAUUUCGCCAAUGAUGCCAAUAGUAGCUAUGUCGCAGCAACAAACUUAAACGAUGUUAGUGUUCAACGACGUUUAUCGUUUGUUGCUGUAGGGUCAUUGCUAUCCUCGAGCGCAAGUGUCGACAACGGUGUUGACACAUUUUAAAAUUUACUGCAGAAAUAGUUUAAUGGAAAAUAUUAAAAACGUUAUUAAAGAGAACGUUUGAAAAAUUGUAUAAGAGAGAAAUUCUGCAAGCUGCUCACAUUUUUUGUGCAAUUUCAGAUUUUCACGUAGGAUAAAAGAAUUGGAAAAUGCAAAUGGAAAAUAAUAGCGAGAAAUUUCUUCUUUAACAAUUGUCAUUUUUACUGAUUGAAAGUAAUGGAAAAUACGUAGGAAGUUGAAGUUUUUUAAAAGCAAACUAUUCAACAGUUUUUCUUUUGUUUUUUUUUUAAUUAUCCUAUGUUAUGGCUGCGUUCGCUUUAGCGUUCACACAGCAUCACGUGUUCUUAUUUAAUAACUGAUAAACAACAAGGAUGAAAUAAUUGUUAAAGCGCCAUGAACACCAAAGUGAACGUAACCGUGUAUUAUUUAUGGAACAAUUAACAAAUGAUAUAAUUAAUAGAGCCAGUGGCACGUGUCUUUUAUUUAAUAUAGUGAUUUUGAUUUGUUGGGAAAGUGCGGCGAAUUUUGUAAUUGACAUUUACGAAUUUUUCAUCAAUGCGAUUGCUAAUUUUAUGCUCUGGUUCUGAAGACUGAUUUUAGGAAGAGCAUCCAAGAAUCUAGCCAAUGAUGUAUUUAUCCUUAAACGUAAACUCCUUAACAAUAAAAGAAACGGCAGAUACAAUCUAUAAAAUUCGAUAUACAUAUAUACAUAUAUAUAAUUCUAAAAAAUUACAAAUUAAAAUUGCUGUUUACUAUAUUUUCGGUUAAUUAAUCGAUUAUAUGUUCAGAAAAUAUAAUUCAAUUACCGCAUAAUUCAAUUAAUUUAAUUAAUCAAAAUAACUUUACAGUUUAUUAAAUAAAUACAGGAUUGAUCCAAAAUUAAUCCGAAAAUGAGAUUCUUUAGAUUGAAGCCACGAUUACUAUUUUUUGAACAUGGCCAGUACACUGUCUUUUAAGUUACACCAGCGCACAGGAUAAACCUUUGUGAAUUAUUAAUUUUAUUUUAAUAAUGCCAAGUAAAUAUGUAUGUUAGUACACAUUGCCAAAAUUAUUUGUGCAAAUGAGACAACGUAAGCGCUUUUUUGCUCUUCGUAUAAAUUUCGCAAAAAUGUAUACCUAAUUUAUAUAUAGUUAAUAUAAAGGAUAAUUAUAAACAUAAAGCUGUAUAGGAUAAAAAAAGAGCUGUUUCAUAUUUAUUGCAUUUUUCCGGUAUGGAUAAUUACAAUACUUCAUUUGCGACAACGAGAAAAAUUGUUUUAUAAAUGGUCAAUAUUCUAGAAAGUCUAUUUAGAAGAAUUUAAUGCAAUAAUUUAAUCGUAUGUUCAACAAGAUGCACAGAAAUAUGCAAAAAAAGAAAAGAUGGCGAGAUGCAGAUGUCAAUUUAUAGAUGUAUUUAUGCAUAAUUUUGGUAGAACUUGAUAAAGUUGUAAGAUUUGUAACAUUAAUAUAUUUCGUGUCUCUUUUUCAAUUUUACACUCAAUUAAGUUAAGACAGCGAGCACUGUAAUCGUAAAUAUUGAUUGAAUUUCAAUAUAUAUUUUUAAGACUGCUCGAGAAUUCGAUUUUCGCACUUUGCAAUGAAAAAUAUCGCAUAAUCUCGGUCGUAUUAAAAAUAAUUAGCAAUUUGAUAUUGAUUGCCUAAUUAAACAUCAGACAAAGAAUUUUGCUAUAAGAUUAAAUUAUAAAAAUUUUAGUAAAAUUGUCAGAUAAACUUCCAAUUAUCUCAAAUCUUACUAAUAAGUUACAUGAUUAAACCUCGUUACUUUUGUGAGAAUUUUUUUUAAUUGCUCGUUCAUAAAUUUUAGAAGUUGCUUUUGAUAUUCUUGAUUGAUACAAUUUUAUUGCCUUUUUUAUUUCAUGAUAUCUAUUAUCUUUCGUAUCAAAUUUAAUAAAAAAUACUCAAGAGAAAAAAAUACUUAAAAAAUUAAAUUUAAAUUAUAUUAAAUCUCUCAGAAUUAGAUUAUAAAUUUUUAUUAAACAAAAGAUUUGUUAGAAACAAUUAAUUUCAAGUUACAACAAAAUCAAGUCAACAAUGAACAGUUCACGAUGGCAACGAAGAUAAAUUGACAUUGAUAAUUAAAAUGAUGGAAAUUUCAAAAUCACAAAAGCUGUAAACAGCAUUGUACAUGUAUGCAUGUGGGUGUGCAUGUAUGUGUAUAUGUGUGUGUAUAUAUAUAUACACACACAUGUAGGAGGUAAAGAAAAAAUAGUAUUUUUUAUCACUUUAGCAUUUACAAACUGUAUCUAAACGAAUUAAUCAAGUAUGUGGUCUACGCAUUUUUCGCACGUUUAAUGUUAAACGAGCGAUAAAAAUGCGGCCGUAUUUCCUCUCAUACCAAAGCCGAUAUCUCCGUUUCCUAAAAAAAAAUGCUUCUCGAGAAAGGUAAUAGAAAGAUAAUUUGCAAGAAUAAAAAAGUAUAUUUAAAUCCUUAAUCUAAAAGGGACUUUUCAAUUAAAUAUUAUACAUUUUUUAUAUAAAAAAUUUGUUAGUGAUUCAACAAAUUAUUAAUUUCUUUUACAUGGAUAUAAAUUUAACAAAAGUAUUAUUAAAACAAAUUAUGUUAAAUUUAUUUUUCUGUAUUAUAAAUCAUAUAAUAUCUCCUUUUAUUCAAUUUCAUUCAGGUAAUCUUAUACAUUACCCUAAUUUUAACUGUCCUAUAUACAUAUAUAUAUAGCUUGUUUAAAAAGUCUCUUUUUUAAAUUUUCGUACAAGAGGAACGUACAUGUUCAACGAACGUAACUAUUUAAUUAAGGAACGAAUUUUUGCGAUUGCGGCGAAUGUCGAAUGUCGACACUUCGAUUAUCGUUCUAAACGAAAUGUAUGAGUGUGUAUAUGUGCAGGCUUGUAUAAUGAGAGUAUAUUUUAUAUUCGUCCGCGGACGCGCGCAUAUUUUUUAUAUCGCAAGCGGUAAAUCGUUAACGUUUUUUAUUGUGAUCAUGAGAAUCACAAAAGGAUUAUACUGCGUAAAGCGAGAGAGAUAAAUAAAGUCAAUAAAGGAAGCCGUCUUUAUAAUUCUAAUAUCGAGAUUGUUUUCUUGCUAUACAAGAAAACCGUAUCACAUACAGAGUGUCACAGAAAAACAAAUUUUUAAUCAUAAUACAUUCAGAGUGUCACAGAAAAACAUAAAUCAUUUUAAUCAUAAAAUACAAUGUGAAAAUAUCAUUUUUUGCAAAUUUAUAUUAUUUUGUGAUUGUGCAUAUAAUGUGUAUCUAAUAUUAUAAUAAACGUAUAAUUUAUAUUUAACAUAUACAUAUAUUAAGCACUUUAAUUAUAAACAAGAGAAUUUCUAAACUUUCAUUUUUUAGAAUUGUUUUGAUGCAAAAUUUUUUGUGACGCUCUGUAUUUAACGAAUCACUGCGAAAAGAAAGAGCAAAUGAUUACGCUUCUUCGAUAUAACGUAUUUUGCACCUGAAAAACUCAAAUUUCUCUCAUUUGUAUCUAAAAAAAAAAUUGUAUUUCUAUGCAAACAAAAUGUAAUUGAGUAUAUAAAACCGAUGAAAACUAAUAUAAUUGAGCAUAUAACGAAACACGAAUUUGCUAUUAUCAGAAUGGUUGUAUCAUACAAUAUAGGACGGUAAUUAAUUCAUUGCGAUGAGCAUAACAAUAACUUGCAUAAAAUAGAUACAAAGGAAAGAAGAAAACAGAAAAGAAAAAGGAAGAGAAGAUAUUAUGCGUUUUGAGAUUGUAUUUGUAAUUAAUAUAAUCGCGUUGAUGUACAAGUGUUGUGGUUUUUUGCAGCUGUUACACAUGUAAAUCAAAAAAAGAAAAAGACGAGAGAGAGAGAGAGAGAGAGAGCCACUAUUGCUAACUUGUACAUUGUACUAGGAAAGACUUAUUUAUUAAAGCCGCAUGUUGUUAGCAAACAAAAUCGUGUGUCGUUCAUGGUCGUUCGCUGUUCAUUCGUGAAUAAUCCGUUUUGUAUGUAAAAGAGAUUACAAAAAA